AUGGACCAUGCCUCCGUCUCGAGCUUACAGAGUUCUGGCAGCGAGGCAGGCUCCCCGCACAAUGGGGUUCCAAUGCAGGCAAAAGACCUUUUGGAAAUAGACCAAGAGAUCGAACAGGGCUGCCAUGCACGAGACACGAUAGACGAAACCCCACCUGAGACCACAGCCCCGAUCAAUCUAUCCAGUGCCCUCGAUAAGCAAGCAUUACAUGGUGGCGAGAACGAGUCAACACAGCGAAUUACGACCAUUGGAGAUCCUCAGAGCAGCAGCGCAUCAACGAGCCAAGGUCCAAAGGCCACCCCUAGCCUUUUCAACAAUCCGCCGAAUCUAGCGCGCAUACGCAAGGUCCUAUUCGAGUGCAAGGACCCGAUAGAAAUCAGUCUCGAAGAAUUUGAGACAUAUUGGCCCUUUAUUGACAAUGUGUGGGUCAAACAAAGAUCAAAUGCGAGCAAAGAGGGCCAUUGCACCACCGACUAUUACAUGUGCCGUCUACGGCGUCCAACACAUCGCACAUCAGAAACUCGCCCCUUACCAGAGGGCAAACGCCCUCGCAAAAAAAGAGUCCGAGAGGGAGGCAUCUGUAACUUUCAAAUCAAGGUCGUCCGGUUCGAUGGCGCGUACUCGACAGUUACUAUCGCGAGAACGCCGGGAAGUUGUAACGUCCACUCGCAUGACCUCGACUACAUCGACCGGGUGAAGCGGAACUCGGGAUUAAUGGAGUACGCGCGCAAAGAAUCCGUGAAGGGAUACCUCCCUUCUUCCAUCUAUACCAAAUUCCAAGAAGAGCCAGAUAAGCUUGGGGAGGCUGGAGGGCGAUUCUUCACUGUUACGGACGUCCGCAACAUCUCCGCCAAGUGGCGUAUACAAAACCCAGAAGUGAAUCUGGUCGCACAUGAGGGAUACGAAUACCAGAAGGGUCAUGGUAUCAUUAAAACCCAAAGCACCGAUGGUGUUAACGAGGUGUCCUCCCAAACAAAACCAGCCUCAAUCUCGUCAGUUUUGCCCCCGGACACACUAUCAUUCCCUCAAUUCUCGCUAGACUUCUUAAACCCUUACCUUCCCAACCACUCGGACCGCCGGGAGCUCCCCAUGUCACACUGUCGAAUGCAAACGGUAUUGUCUGGGCCGGAGGCCAAAUUGAUGACCCAUUAUCUUCGCUCCCGGCAUGAUGCCAUUCUUGUUGGAGUAGGAACUGUCCUUGCAGAUAAUCCGGGUCUAAAUUGCCGUUUGGAAGGGGCCGGCGGAUUUGGAGGCCUGGGGAGAAUGUGGCAACCACGGCCAGUGAUCAUUGAUCCGAUGGGCCGAUGGCCUGUCCAUCCUGAAUGCCGGAUGUUGCGUACUGCCGUUGAAGGCAAAGGGAAAGCUCCAUGGGUUGUGUUAUCCCCAGGAGCACAAAUCAAUCCCCAGACACUAGUGAUGCUCAAAGGCUACGGUGGAGAUUUUCUCCGCAUUGUAGAGUACAAUCAGCACUGGCGAUUACGCUGGGAAGCUGUCUUUCGUGCCUUGGCAUCUGAGGGUAUUAAGAGCGUCAUGAUUGAGGGUGGUGGUACGGUCCUGAGUGAAUUGUUGAAUCCAGAGUAUACAAACUUCAUUGACUCGAUUAUUGUGACAGUUGCUCCCACCUACCUUGGCCGGGGCGGAGUGAAUGUCAGCCCUGACUCCAAACAAGAUCAGAAGGGUACACCCAAUGCUGCAUUAAAUCCUCGAGAUGUUAAAUGGAUGCCAUUGGGACAAAAUGUGAUUAUGUGUGGAAAGAUUCGCGAAAGCUAUUAA